AUGGACUCACAAACGCCAAACCCUCCUUAUGCCGUUCCGCCUCCCUUCUCGCCUCCUCUAUCCGCCCAUCGCUCAUCCACCGAUGCGCACAAAUCGGCCUCGUUUGAUAUUGACAUGAUGCGAUUGGACCAUGAUCGCUCGACCAGAGCCGCCAGCGUCUUGUCUGGCCUGUCAGCUGAAGACAUGGAGGCUGCUGAGACACUCAAUAGUCUCCAACAAAAAUACCACUCUCCCGGGCAAUCACAACCUGCGCCCACACUUGUCCAGACCCAAACCACCUACGACUCCGACCAACCUGAACCUCUCCUACGGCUCUUCACCAGCCAAUAUCCUCUGGCCGGAAGUCUGAUCAAUGGUUCGUUAUCUGCUUACAAGACGACCCAGUCGUAUAUUCCCGGUGCCGAGUGGACGGAGAGAAAUGUCGGUCUGCCUAUUGCCGGCACAGUUGCCCGGAUAUCAGGGGUCGAAGGUGGUCUACGAUGGGCGCUGCAAUCGAAGAGGGACGAACGAUCGGCUUCCAAUGUGACACAGUCCUCCGAUGUGGAGAAGGGUUAUGCAGACCUCGCUCCUGACGGCACUCGACGUUCCAGUUCGGAGAUGAUGUAUGGCGAGAAUCUACCGGCCUACAAUCCUAGCGACCGGUCGCCUCCCUACAGUGAGCAACAGGGCCUGUUGAAGUCUGGCGACAGUCAACCUCCCCCGGGAUGGCGCCAACAGCUCGUCAUAUCCACCAGCGGACUGGGCAUUGCCAUGAGAGAAGACUCGAUUCGAAGUCUCCGGUAUUGCCUAAGCUGGCUGCGAUGGGCCAACGGUCGUCUCGGUGAGGCGAUCCAGAAUCUCAAGUCCCUCCUUGAGCGCUGGGAUGAAGGUAUCACUCCAGGCGAACAAUCAUCUCUCGUGUCGGUGGCGAGCAUGACCCAGACCCAGCAAGAAAGAAGACAAGCGGCAUUGUUGGCUCGGAUUAACGCUCUCAAGGCCGACGUACUUCAAACCCUCAAACACGUCGUUGGCAUUGUGUCAAACUACGCAGGUGGCGCAUUGCCUCAAAACGCCCGUGACCUGGUCCACAGACAUCUGGUCAGCCUCCCACAACGGUUCAACCUUGCCAACAUGGCGGGAAGCGAAGAAUCCGAUCCCAGCUCGGCGGCAAGGUCUGAGGUGGUCAAGAGUGGAAGACGGGUCAUGCUGCUGGCCGAAGAAGGCCUGGACAUGAUGACCCAGGUCAGUCGCGUUGUCAACGAUACCCUAGUCAGCGCAGAGGGAUGGUGCGAGAAACUGGGAAGAAGCGCCCCACAACAGGGCGGACACGCUAUGUCGCUCGACGAGAAGGUGAAUGGUAACAGAGAAACCAUGAGGAGUGAGACUGUUGCUCCGAGUGAGGGUGACCAUGAACGGGAAGAUGUUCGAAUGCAGUUGUAA